UUGAGGUUAGAAAUUAGAAUAUAUUUUGACAGCAUAGAUUGUUAUUUUUCUUUUGCAAUAACCUGAUUAUUGACAAAGUGCAACUUUAUAUUAAAUAUGGAUACUGUUGUCAAAAGUAUGCUCGAUGAGGAGGUCGAAGAGGAGAAAAAGGGUUUAGUAAUAUUUGGUAGGGAUGUCUCCAAAAUACCUUGCUUCAGAGAGAGUUUCCUGUACGGCAUUGCAACAGGAAUCGGCGUUGGUUUAGCAGCUUUUAUAAAAACAUCAAGGCCCAUGCUAUCACAACAUAUUGGUGUUGGGACUUUUUCAAUGACCACAAUGGUAUAUUGGUGCUUUUGUAGGUAUGAGUGGUCGAAGCAAAGGUUUGAUGCUCAGAUCUUACAAGAUGCACUGAAAGAUAAAAUUAUGUAUGAAGGUACAGCAAUGGAGAGAGAGCUAGAACAAAAAGGUGUUUUAAAAUCAGCUUAAAAUGAAAUAAAGUAGCAGCAAUUUAUAAACUUAAUAUACCGCACUGACAACAUGGCAAUGAUAUGUACAUAAUAUGAUGCUGAACCAUUUGCUAAAUGUAUCUUUUAUCAUGUAGACAUACAGUCACACUUUGCUUCGUUCUAUGUUUAAUACUUCUGUAAUAUAUUAUAGGUAAGAAUUAUGUUUUGUAACCCAUGAAAGUAGGUGAUAUUUUCAAAUCUUAAUAAAACUAUAUAGAAAGAAGUUUUAAGUAAUGAUAAUUUGUCAAUUAUAUUAAAACCCAUAUACUGUACUGAAAAAGUUACAUAUAAGCUUAAACUAUCUGAAAAUAAUAACUACAGAAACCAGGUUUUAAAUGAAUGAAUGUAAAUUAUACUUACAUAAUAAGAAAAUGUAUUCAGAUCCUGUUUUAAGUAUUGAACUGAUGAAAUUUUUAUAAUCACUAAAAUUGCUACAAUGUUUAUAACAAGUUUCAAUGAACCUAGGACAAAUUGUGAGCAUUUAUUGAUAAAAAUGUAAUUAUACACAUUCAAUUGUAUAAGUUCAUUAGUUCCAUCAUUAUGGCCAUUAACUUUAAUAAAUCAUAUAGUGUAGUAACUUGUUUAAUCAGUAGCUGAGAUAACUUUAAACCAAACAAGCAGAUAUGAUUUGUUAACUGUAGUUAUAUUUGGAAUGUAUAUUUUAGUGUAGUAGUAAUAAAAAAAAUAGUUACA